GGUUGCAUAAUUAAAGAAAAAUUUAAAAUAAUUAAAUUACACUACAGACAUUUAUAAUAACUGAAACAAUGGAGACAGAUAAUUGUAAGGUGAAGGUCAAACUAGAGGUCAUGUUGAGUAUCAAUAAUGAACCAGUGAUGUCAUGAUAAUUUCAAAAAUGGCCACAGAUGUGUCUGCACGUUACCAUGACAACCAAACAUCCAGAUUAACUCCUCCAGGGAAGGGUUGCCAGACCAGGGGUGAGAGGUCUCAGAAUGUUGCCAUGGCAACUGGAGGUCACAGAGGUCACCUAGCAACGAGGCACACAAUGUCCUCUUUACAGAAGAGUGGCAUCGCUUCUGCCAGCAAAGAGCUCAAGGAUGUGCUGGAGAGGAAGAUAGAGGGGUUGAGCCGUCUGCUGGCAGAGGAGCGUCAAACGUCCCGCCAGAACAAGAUGGCCGCCUCGCGUCUCCAACGGGAACUUUCCCGAGCAAAGUCACAUGAUAGACCUGCAACUGGGAAGGAGCAUCUCUCCCGGGAGCUAGAGCAUGAAAGAAUGUUGCGCGUGGAGGCGGAGCGGAGGCUGAGGGAUGUGACAAGGGAAAGCGAGUCCUGCCACGCGCGCCUUGAAUCCCUGCAGACUGACUUUCUCAAAAUGGAGGGCCAGGUUCGGGAGAUGGUACAGUACAAGACAAAGAUAGACCAACUAAAGCAAGAAAAGUCCAGCCUCAACACAACUUAUGAGGCAAAUGUGGAGAAGUUUAAAGGCCACAUAACAGAGCUUGAGCGAGAAAACAUGGUUCUACUAAAUGAAGUGAAAAAGCUUGAAUCCCAGAUGAGCAGUAAGCCAGGAGGCCAAGACCGAUACCGUCUGUUGAUGGAGCGUCUCCGUAUGAUCGAGGGAGAGAACUCUUCCCUGGUCCUGGAGAACGAAGAACAGCGUGGGCAGUACGAGAAAUGUCUGGAUGAGAUUGCUAACCAGGUUGUGCAGGCACUGCUGGCUCAGAAGAUGUUACGUGAGGAGUGUAUCAAGCUUCAGGACCAUGUACAAGAGUUGGAGGUCCACAACAGACACCUCUAUAUGGCCUACACUAACCGUGGUUCUCAGGAUGGAGGGGCUUACAUGCAUGGCAGCAUUGACUCUCUGCACAGCAUGUUCAGUGAACAGACAACAGAUGUUGCUGGUGGCCCACAGAUGUCCUCCCCGCCACCAUGGUUACGUGAGCGGUUGCCAGGCGAUAGAAGAAGCCUUAUUUCAUUCUCGGGUAGCGUGACCUCCACACCUGAAAACGAGCUAGAGAGCCUUGCCGACCACCGAUACCACUGUAGAACGGAGAUAGAGACGGAAUUCCCAGCAACACCAUCCAGCCCGAAGUCUAAGCAUGUCAGCAUCAUGGAGAGGAAAAAUGAAACGAAACGAAGUUCAUCCACAUCAUCUUUAUUGCCAACGAAAAUCGGACCAAAUAGACAACGAACUAGAUCUACCUCAUCUUUACACCGAGCACGUGGCUUGUCUGUAGGUCAUACACAGAACGAGUCACAAGAUUCAGGCAUAACACCUCAGGCAUCAUCAGCAUCACCCAGUCUGUCAUCACACUCAGACAUACUUCAAUUAAACAAAUCUAGCACACAAUUACCUGGAUUUGCAAGAAGUGUAUCAGUGCCUUCCAGCCAGCAGUCACAGCAAUCAGACAUCAGCCAUAUCACUCAGGGCAACCAGUCAUCCGUCAUGUCCACAUCUUCAUCGUCAUCGUCGUCUUCGUCCACUUCUAGAAUACCAGUAAUUCCAUGUGCCAGAUCCAAGGAGGAUCUUCAAUUGAGGCGCAAUUCCCUGAAGGCUGAAUACAGUAUUAGACUGGGGAGUCAGUCCCCCGCACAUAGGAAUUCUCCCUCUCCAAAACCAGGGGCCUCCCAGUCACAAACUAAUAUCCCAAGUGCUAAACCGUCCUCAUUGCGGCCUCCAAGCCAAGGUCACAGGUCAACAGGGAAAGGUCAAGGUCAGGAUCACCCAAGGUCGCCAUCCUUGAGCUCAGGAAGGUCACAUUCAGCAGGGUCAAGGAUUCCUUCAGUUUCUGGGAAACAAACAAAAGUGAUAGGUAAAGAUGGGUCUAAUAAAGUGAAACCAGGCUUGGAAGGUAGCAAAACUUUUGGCAGUGUCUCAAAAUAUGGGUCAGAGGGUAAUAAAUCAUCCACAGGCCCUGUGAGUAAGCUUGUGCCUCCCAAGUCCCCCUCUUUGAGACAUUCAGGCAUUAAAACUACAUUGAAAACUGACACUGGGCAAAUAAAAAGUGUUAAGAAAACAUCCGAAAGUGCUAAAUCUAAGUCUUCUCAGAGUGCUAAUGUUUCGAAUGCUUCGCCGCACUCGAACUUAAAAACAGUAUAUUCGAUCAGUACAGUGUCAAGUUCAAGAGUAUUGGAAAGUAGGAAUUUGGACGUCUCAGAGCCAGUAUUACCAGCGCGGGGACAUAAACCAGUCGGUAAUUUCCCGAUAAUGGGGCUUACAACACUUAGCCAUACCAGUCCUAAGUCGGAGGAAAGUCCUUUGAAGAUUUAUGCAAAUGUUUCUCAAGUGCCAGUUAGCUUUUCUAGUGGAUCUGUGAGUAGGAGUAGUGACAAAAUCAGUGAAUCUACAAGCAAUAAUGUUAUAACUAGUACUACACCAAGUCUUUCAAACUCGGAUAAAUCAGUAACUGUUAAGUCUGGUGAAAGUCAGAAUGCAGGCACCUAUAAAAAUGCUGGAUAUUUCUAUGAUUACAGUGAUGAAGAUAGUGACUGUCACGUAACAAGGAGAGUGUCAAAGGAUUUAAGCAUUGCUUCUAGUGUCUCCUUGGAAGAACUGUUGGAUAAAACCCUUGAAAACAUGACUACUCCGAACAGUGAGUUCAGCUCAGGGUACCUUAUGUUUAACUCGACUCAGACUCUUGAAGAUUCUUCACCUGUGUGUGCUGCUAUUAGUGAAAAACUGAUUCGAAACAAUGACAGUUCACGGUUCUCGGGUAAACUUCCAAGUAGUGAGCAAGUUAUCACUGUAGCUAAUGUUAAUCAGGAAUAUGUUGUUGAACACAGACAUGAUGCUAUUGUCAAUACCAGGUUGACUGGUAAGCCAGAUAUCGUGAAAGACACUGAAAAUAGUGAACAAAGAAAUCUACAGAAGUCAAUGCCCAUUUCUGAAAUACCUGGAUCAUCUAUGCCUGGUUACAGGGCAAAACGACCCAAGUCUCUAAUUCUCGGUGCUAAAGAGAAGAAAUUUCUGUAUUGUGAGUAUGGGUCGUCAUCAAGCCCUGACUCUUCUGAAGGGGAAAAUUGGACUUGUAAAUUUUCUUAUGCAAAAAAUGCAAAGGAGCAGGUUAUAAAGACUAAAGUGGCUCAAUCUGUGAAAAGUGGUGAAGCUAAAGUGAUUGAGUCACCGCAUUAUGCUAGUAUUCAGUCAAAAGAUUCUAGUGGAGAUAAGCAGAAAACAGUUGAUAAAACUGGGAGUUCAGGAAUUGCUAAACCCAGUGGGCUGAAGAAGCCAUCCAAAAUCCCCCCACCAGUUGCCAGUAAGCCAGCUCAAAGAAAAUCAUCCAUACCUAAAGCUGAUCAUGAAAUCACAAGACCGAAGUCAGUAGAGAUUUGUGUCAAUACCGCUUUAUCCGUCACAAGAACAGAACCUUUAUUUGUCGAUGGUCUGAAUAUAAAAGACAUUGCUAAAGCCGAGUCAGAACGGUCAUUAAAUAGAAAGUCAAAAUCGGAAAAUACUGAUAUAACAUCUAAUUCAACCUUUGAAGAGAUUAAGGUUGAGAGAUCUGGGAGUAAAGAUGAUGGUUAUUCAACUAUGUCUAGUGACAUACAGCCUGAACAUUUGGAGAAAUACUCUGACGCUUUUGAAAGUUCCACAAACAGUAACGAUGCUCGGAACUCUAAUUUAAGUCUUAGUUCUCAAAAUUCAUACUCAAGCGAAGACAGACUGAGUGGUCAUGGUUCUUUGGGCAGAGUGAAAGCUAUGAAACUAAAGUUUGAGCUGGAUAAUCAUAAAUCUGACACAGAAAAAUCACCCACUAAAUCUCCACCACCUUCACCAGCAAAAUCGCUUCUUAAGUCGCCAAAAUCUGUCUCUGAAAAAGUCAAAGCCAAUAUAAGUAACGACAGUAACCAAGGUGAUAAAAUACAAAGUAAGAUGGUUCCAGUCACUAGUAAGCUUCCAAAGCCAAAAUCUGGAAUACCGUGCCCAAAGGAAACUGGACAAACCAAUAUGAAAACUAAAUGUGCUAUACCUGUGCCAAAGUCGAAACCAAAUGUUUUGAAAAGUGAAAAGCCAUCUCAUAAAGUAGAAAUUCAGAUACCAGUAAAAGUUGACUUACCAGUUAAAGAUAUUGUUUCAGAUCAAGUUGUUCAGAGAAAAAGUUUUCCUAUAACAAAUCCUAACUACAUAACAAGCAGCCCAGUUCGUCCAUCUGCUGAUGAGCCCAGCCUAAACGCCAGGCUUUCCCCAAUCACACCGAAUAUCCCACCACCACAUAUUAUCCAACAAUCCCAAGUGCCGACCACAUCCUUUACAGACCAGUUUAACCAGUUAAGUUGUUUUGAGAAGAUUGAGUUCUUAAAGGACAGCUAUGACAGUAACAGUUCUCUAUCUGACCGAGGGUCAGACCUAACCUCUCUUCAUAUCUCUGAAGACAACAUACUGUCAGAUAUACCGGAGGAAAAAGAUGGCUAUGAAAGUUCUGUUGGGAUAAAAAGUGAGAACACAUCCUUCUCAAGUAUUCCAACUUUAACCUGUGUAAAAAAGCCUCCCCAGCCAUCUCCUGGUGCCCAGCAUCAUUCUAGUUCACACCAUGCAAGCAGGGCCACAUUCUCAACCACACUCAAACGCCAUUGGUCCUCUUGUGAGGGUUUGGUCAGGGCUGCAGUGAACAGCGAUUACGAGAAACAAAAAUCUGCAAAGCACAAUGCAGACUAUGAAGAGCUUUAUGGCGGAUGUCUAAAUAUAGAAACACUGUUAGAGCGGUGUUCCUCCGAGUCUGACUUAUAUACGAGGGGUGAUAAGCCAGCGGUGACGUUGUUGCCACAGUUACGGUCACCAGGGAUGAUACAGGUUGACGAGAUAGCAGUAGAAGAGCGGGUACAGGCCAUUCUCAAGUUCUGCGUUCUUAGACAGAUCAGUGAGAACGUAGCGAGUGCUGACCGUGACGGCGAAUCAUUUACCAGCUUUGUAGAACUUCUAAUGCAACGAGGCCAUGUUCUACAGACCCCGUCACCUGCUCAGGAGCUGAACAAUAUGUCUGUCUCCAACUUCUCCUCAAAGGGACAAAACUCUGUCCACAACUCUUUCGGCUCUGAGGAGAGAUCUGAGACAGAACUACCUCCCCUGGGAGAUGAUCAAAAACGCUUCAACAGCAAUUUUUACAGUCUGUGUAACACUGGCUCAAAUAGGAGCAUAUCUGAGAAAGCAGACAGUGUCUGUGCUGAUACCAACAGUCAAAACCAGGAUAACAAACAGACUGACAGCCCUUUGGUUCAUACUUGUCGAAAGGGAGAUAAAUCUGUUUGUAAGAAGUGUGAAAAUUUGAGGAAUGUGAAUGAAUUUGAUAACAUUUCUAAGCAGAUUGAGUGUCUAUCACGAACAGUGAAUGAACUUCACAAGAGUUUAUCUAGUCUGAAUAGUGAGAAUGAUAGUGGAUCGGAAUCAAAUGAAGGGGACGUAAAUCUAGCAAACGCAAUAGGAAACAAGGACAUAGACGGUUAUCAUUGGGUGGAGGAUGAAUUAUUCUUAUCUCCUUACGAAGGUGAAAUAAUUCUUGGAACUUCGCCAUUUUCGAAAACUGGCGCAUCAUGUGAUUGGAUAAAUGACUAUGCAGAUGAUGAGGAUCAUGUCGAAGAGAUGGGUGGGAGUGAAGCACUGUUAGAAGAAGAUCCCACUUUUGAUAUUCCUGUGUCCAUGGACUCCGGUGCUAAAACCAAAUUGAACCCUAUGCAUAUGCAUAACUCUGAUAUUUCGAACUGCUUCGAUGAAGAUGGGAAUUUUGACAGCGCUUCGUUUAUAUCUCAGAGGUUACAAAAAGAGGAGGAGAGAUUAAAAUCACUAGAUCUGAAAUCCAAUAAGGCAAUGCUGUUUACACAAGAUAUAGAUAUUUCGGCACCGAUACAGAAGCUGAGGUCAUCGAUGACAUCAUCAAGGUCACACCCACUGAAAGAGGACAUGAGAACAACUCCUGAGAAAGACAUAGAUGAUACUGAGCUCUUCGCAUACCAGGAGAGGCUGGGCCUGCACGCUGGGAGCCAUGAAAGUCUGGAUGACAAUAUCGGGGUGGACAGCGUCAUGUGUCACAGACUGUUGGGGGGCAAAGGUGCCCCUGUGCCAGGCGGAAGACCAGCUCUUGAUUUCACUCAGAUUCAGUUCAUGAGAUAUGGUGAUGCGGAAAAACAGGCUUUGUCUGCAUUUGAAUUCUUACAGGAUAUGACAUCAUCGGCACACUCUGACCAAUCAGUUGGGCAGAAAGUGUCACAUGACAUGCUCUUCAGAAUGGAGGGCAAUAUGUCUGAUGUUGCUAGGAGCAACAUGAUUCAAAUGAACCAAUCAACAACCUCCAACGAGGAGAAGAUAUCUCCUGUAAGAAAACAGAGAAGAAAGAUUAAACUACGCAAUAAAAAGGACCAAUCUGCUGUGAAAAAUCAGGGUAAAGCAAAAACUAGGCAAUUUUCAUCAACAUCGAAUGAUGAGUCCAAUGAUGACUAUUCAGACGGAAGUUCUUCGGAUAACUAUCUGGUUCAAGAACAGUCUAUGAAAUCCAAGAAAAUGACAUACCUUUAAAGGUGAUUAUAUGGAUAAAUUGGCUUAGGAAUAAAAAAACAUUUCUUUAAGUUUUUGAAUUCUGAUGAAUAUCAAGAAGAAAGAUCACAAGGUUCACUUUAUAUAUUUUGAUGAAUUUAAAAUCUUAUUAACAUGUGUAGUUAAUUAUUUUAAAAGAUUUGAGAUACAAGUUAAGACAAGCCUGAAUCUUGUUAGAUUUUUAAUUACCAUGACUGGAUCUAUAACUUACAAACCUCCGAAUUGUUUAGACUGUAAUUAGAUGAUGUGAUCUGAAAAACGAACCCUGUUGCACAAAUUUGACACUCAGGAAAUGAAUAUUUUAUUUAUUUUUGAUACAAGUACUUUUUCGGAAUUUUUCAUGCUAAAAUAUAUCAGCCUUAAGCAUAAUGGCUCUUGCAAAUUGUAAUAUAUACAUGCAAACAUACAUGUAUUCAGAUAAUCAGUGUGACACACUUUUUCGAAAACAACGGAUAAAUUUCUUGGCCAGGAACAUUGUUAAGAAAAAUUAUUCGUAAUUAUUUAUGUGCUUUUUGUAUGUAAAACAUGUAUAUUAUUUAUUUGUAAAUUUGUGUAAAUAACCUGUAAAUUUAUAGAUUAAUUAUAGUUUGCAUUUAUUUAUUUUGAAUGGUAUUUGUUUUUAUUUUCAAAUAAAAUAUUAAUUUUCCACCAGAUAGAAACUUCAUAAAUUAUGUUUUUGAUGUUUUUAUUUUAAUGAUCAGUUUGGUGUUUUUCUAAAAAUGCAGUUGUUUUUUAACACAUAAUUCCUCAUUAUUUUUAAACAUCACUCCAAUUUAAUCUUUAUCCUCAUACAAUAUACAUACAUCAUGUACUAAAUGUUUAAUUUCUAACCAUCACGGUCUUUUACGCUGAAAGAUACUUAUUUUUUACCUUUAAAAUUGUCUUCUUUGAAUUUAUUUUUAUUUUUAAAAGUUGUUCUUAAGAUGAUAUUGUUAAUGGUUAAAGUUAAAGUAUUUUUUCAGAAAUGGACAUACUCAUUUAAUUACAACUGAUUCUAUUUUUUACCAUAUCCAUGGAAACCAUGUACUCACAUUGUGAUAAAAAAAAUACUAUCGAAUUGUUUUUCACUUUCAUACAUUUUCACUGUCCACAAACUCUUAACUUAAGGCAUUAUUUUAAUUCAUCUCCAUUGCAUUGGCAAUGUACAUGUAUAUCAGCCACAUCAAGGACAUUCAGGGUAUUUGAGUAUAUAAUAAUUAUCGCUGUAUAAUAAGCAUAUUUUGUAGUGUUUUUACUUUUAAUGAUGAAUUAAAUAAUAAUAAUUACACAAGGCAAAAAUGGGUCUUCUUACAUAAUGUUUGAUAAUGUUUUGUGUGUUUUGGUCUACACAUGUCCCAUAUUGGAACGGUAACCAGUACAGUUGGCAUGACCGUUCUAUAACUGCGUUGUGGAUAUAUUUCAACUUAAAUUAAAUAUACUACAGGCUAUUUUAUUUGAACAUUGUACAUAACAGUCACACUGACCCUUGUGAUUGAAAUUAUACCACAUGUUAUUUAUUGAAUGUCGAUCUAAACAACAUAGUACAAAACUGUUACAUGGACCCUUGUGAUUAAAAUUAUACCAUAUGCUUUAUCGAACGUUGAUCUUGACAACAUAGUACAAAACAGUACCAUCAUUCGCAACCCUUGUAAUUGAAAUAAUACACUCGCGCUGUUUUAGAUAGUGAUGAAGCAAAAAUUACUGUUUUUCAAAGUUUAUGACUGCAGUAUAUAAAAUUUCAUCUUUUGGGCUUCCUCACAGUAUUGUGAAAUAUCAAGAGUGAUUAACAUUAUGGAAGUUCAUGAAUGUUUGCAUAUUCUGUUUAAUUUUUACAUCACCUAUAAGACGUAAUCUUUUAUUAUACUGAAACAUGAGAGUAAAAGUCUUUUCAUGGCCGACAAUAUAAACUGCAGGUUAUAAUCUUCUAUAUGCAUAUUGCAUACAUUGCCAAACGGUUUUAUAUUAUAUAUAUGUAUUAAGCAUAAUUUGACAAUAAAUAUGCAAAAAAAACAAAAUGAAAAUGAUGAAUAUUUUCCUACUUAGUCAUUGGAUUUUAGCAAAAAUGCAUUGAUCAUAUUUUGUGAUGUAAUCAGUGUGUUUUCAAAGAGUGUAAAUGUAUUUUGGAUGUUAUUUAUUAUUAUAACUAUACAUACAUGACAUGCAUGUAGCGUGACCAUAUAUCACAUGUUCACAAUAAACAAUUAAAC